ACAGAUCUGGCUUUGACCAUUACUAUUAAGUAGAAAAGAGCUGGUCCGCUAAAAGCAGCUAAAAGAUCUCAAAAAUUAACACAUUAUGCAGAUCUGAAGUUGGUAGUGUGAUGGUCUGGGACUGCUUUUCUGCUUAAGGGCCUGGACAACAUGCUGUAAAAGAUUAAACCAGGAAUUCUGCUGUUUACCAGACAAUCCUGAGACUUUUGCAGCAGGACACGGAUCCAAAGCACACAAACAAGUCCAAGUCCACAAGUCCACCUCUGAAUGGCUUAAAAAAACGAAGGUUUUGGAGCCUAGCCUAAGUCUGAUUGAAAUGCUGUGAAUGAUCUUAAACAGGACAUUCAUGCUCGAAAUCCCUUCAAUGUGGCAGAAUUAAAACAAUUCUGUAGAGGAGAGUUGGCCAAAAUUCACCAAAAGACUCAUUGGCAGUUUUUGGUAAAGCUUGAUUACCUUUGUAGUUGCCAAGUGUUUUGGUUCAGGGGCAAACACUUUUUUUUUACACAGGGCUAGAUUGGUUUGAAUUUUUUUUCCUUUGAUAAAUAAAACUAUCAUUUAAAAUGUGCUUUUUAUCUUUAUCUGGUAUUAAAGUUUGUUUGUUAAAAUUUUGAAAAAUAUCAGUAUGACAAAAAAGCGAACAACAAAAGAAAUCUGUUGGGGGCCAAUACUUUUUCACACCACUGUACAUGACUAACUGUAAUGCAUGUACUCUGAGUGCAUUGUGUAAGCAGGCAAAAAGUUUUCCUGUCCGUGAUGUCAUCAGAACCCAUCUCAUCAGCAUAUGCAUGCUGAGAGAAAGAGAGAGAGGUAGGUUGUGGGAGGGCCACAUAUGAAGUGUCGACCACAUAAGAAGUCUUUUAAAAAUUUGUAGCUCUGUAACUCUUUUUAUACACACACUCACCCUUGGACAGACUGAGAGCUGUAAGCAUGAAUGGUAACCUAAGGUACCAGUAUCCACCAGUGUUCACAGUGGAUGCUGCAGGAGGCCUUCAUCAGCAGCAUCAUCAUCAUCAUCCCCAGAUGGCUGCUGCAAGGACAGAUCCGACCCUGGUUCCCUGCUGGACCUUUCCCCCUGCUCGUGCCCAGACCAAGAGGAGGAGCUGUGGAGGACUGACCUCUGCUGCAGGAACCCUCCUGGUUAUGGUGCUGGUGGUGAUCUUUGCUGCACUGGGACUGGGAGCCUACCAAAUUAGGAAACUCGAAAUGGAGGUGAUAAAGCUCAAGAAGGAAAUGAACAAACCAACUGAAAGCAUGGCACCGCAGAAGCUGGUUGGAAACCAAGUAGAAGCAAAUGAAAAGGCCAAUCAUAUUGAAGCUGCACAUCUGAUGGGAAAAAUGCAAAGAACAGACACCUUGAAGUGGGAAUCCAAGCAUGGCCGUGCUUUUACAAAGGGCAUCCAGUACCGAGACGGCAGUCUACUGGUGAACAAGACGGGCCUCUACUUUGUCUACUCGCGUGUAGAAUUCCUUUCAAAUAACUGCAAACAGAGGGACUCCUUGGUCCAUGAGGUGUAUGUGAAGAGUAAUGGUGAAAAUCAAAAGCUCAUGGGUGAUCGCAGAGAAGGUUUCUGCCAGGCUGGGAGCACAGAGGUGUGGACGUCUGGAAGCAAUCUUGGCUCCAUCCAAGAGCUCAAGCAGGGUGACUUGGUGUUUGUUUCUGUGUCCCAUCCGGAACGGCUUAGCCAUGAAUACUACGAUAAUUACUUUGGUAUCUUCAGCCUCUCCUGAACAGAGACUCGUGACUAACAGUACAAAUAACAGACAGGGGUAGGAAAUGCGCCUGCUCAAAACUACCCACCGCCAACAGUCUUCUAAAGAAAAAGUCCACAGGUCCAUCAGUUUCAGUUAUGCCUGUCCUGUAAACUGUAAAGGAUGUUUAAUUUUAGAUAAAUUAGAAAUGAAUAACUACAGAUCAAUUUUAACUUAAAUUUCAGGAUUUUCUUUUGUGAAAAACAUGUGGUACUUCAGUGGCUUUACUCCAAUCAGAAUAGCCACCAUGCAGCCAGUAAACAGUAGCUAUUAACUUAAUAUCAGUGAUUUUAAUUUCCAUUUUAUUUCUUUCCUCGCUAAUAAUUACAUGCACAAUUGUAGCAGAACUCAUUCCCAUAAUUCCAACUCUGCAGUCAGCCCAUUCAAAUGUCCACUGAAUGUAUGGCAUUUUGUCCAUUGCUUAUUUUAAAUCUUCACAAUUUCUUCUGUCUCUUUUAAAAUGAUAAUGUUCAGUGAACACUAAGAUGCUCCAAUGUUGAAGUGUAUUUAUUUCAUUGCUGAAUUGUAUUUUGUAUAUAUUAUUGCUAGCUGAACAUGCAUCAAUUGUGAAUAAUGGUCAUAUUGACCAGAAUAAGACAAAAAUGAAAAGUGCAAGAAGUGUACUAUGUUUUCUAUA